AUGGCCGCUCCCUGGGACCGUCGAAAUACCCGUCCCAUUCUUGCUACUCACAACAGCUAUCAUGGCCAAACCACUACCUUCCAGCCUCCCCUUUCAGAACAUCCUGGCCACCCGAGACCCCCAAAGCCUUCAAUUUCCGAGCAUCAUGGCCGUGCAACUCCCUUCGGCCCUCCUCUUGAAGAGACCAAUCUUGUGCCGGUUCCAUACUAUGAGGCUUACACCAUUAGGCCAGAUGAUUUAACGUCCAGUGAAGAAAGAUGGUUACUUCCACCUAAGAAGUCGAUACCGGCAACCCAGGAAGACCUCCAUGCAGAGGUAAUCAGACAAAGGCAGAGUGGCCGUACCGCUUGCAGAGAACUCGAAGAUUGCCAUGGUCCAAAACGGCAGUACAUCGACAGAUUCAUCACGGAGAGGAAUGCCACUACCUCGCUCGGCCAUUUCGAAGUGGCCCAGCUCAGGCUUGAACGAGUGCCGAGAGAUUCUGGGAAGGCUUCUAACCGCAACAAUGGCCGAAACUACCAUGCCCGUGAUUACAAGCAAAAGGAGACCACAAAACCUAGGCAAAAGACGGUGUAUAUGCACAUCAUCCUGCAGUUUAUGAAGAACCCCAACAGGCUUCUUGCCGAAGUCCCGCCAGUGAACUUUGCUCCUCGUAGUUCGAUUGACGGCAAUAGCCAUUGCAGUGGGAGGCAGCAUACCUCAGAGGAGCAAAUAUUAAUACCUCCGAUGUCCUCCAACGAUCAGCCUUCCGCAUUGCCUGGAAUCAGCCGGCGACCUGUCCUAGCUCGAGGGUGCUCUUACAAUACGGGGAACGAGCCAGUCAUUCCGCCCCCGGGUCGCUACAUUUCUCGAGGCACUCAAACCACUUUCCAGGCACGCAUUUGGCCCCACAGUGACUGGUGUAGUGCUGACAAUACUGGCGACGCAACCCUUGAGGGCGCUCCCGAGGAGGAUGCCUGGACUACGACUACCAGCGUCGAGGAGGAAACGCUCAGAGACUCACACUCCCGCGAUGAUGAGGUCGUUCCCAUGGGCAAUUCGGCGCCCGCGUAUGAGUUCGCGAAUGAGUUGACUGAAAAAGAGUCCAGGGGCAGUGAUGAAUACGAGAAGCCGCCUUGGUUUCAAAAUUUGCAGCCCGCUGACGGGGACAAAGUCAGGUCUCCUGGCAUAUUGGACGAGCAGACUGAUGUCCGCUAUCAGCAGGAUGACGGGGAAGUGUCGACCACGCACAAGGUGAAAGACACUGACGAUGCUUGCGAGCAGGAUCACGACGAGGUAUUGAAAGCACACGGGGAGGGAGACGUUGACUUUGCUCAACCCAAUAUGUCUUUUGGGUCUGGUAAAGAUAUUGGCCAAAGGCCGCACAACCAUGCUGCGAACCACAUAGAACUUGGUGAUGAUGAUGAUGAUGAUCAAUCCCCAAACUAUACUGAGAACGAGAAUGUACCGACAGCCACAGAAGUGCGCAAGCUCGACUCCAUAGGCGAGCACCCAAGCACCGGUCCCAUGGAUAUUACCAUGUCCAAGUAUCUUUCGAACUUGCCAGGAUCAGCGCCACAAGAGAAACUCCCACCCUCGGAACGAUACAAACCGCGUCCCCCUCUACAACCCCUCCCAGCGCGACCCUCCCUCACAAGAGCGUCGGCAACCUAUGACAGCAGACCAACUGACGACUCCGAAAGAAAAUCAUCCAAACGAGUAUCCUUCCAACAAGCUCCGACGCCCCUCUACACCCCACCCAGCACCUCCACCUCGAGCCCCGUCUCCCCAUCCGGUUCCCCACAAUUGUCGUUCCGCAAUGUCCUCGCAAAGCCGCCGCCCGUCAGUAUCCCUCCGGGACAAUACACGCCAAUAGCCUCAUCUUCGCCUUCAGGAAGUUACGUAUCCCCAUCGUCUCCAACCACAAACCGCAACCCAUACAACUGCCUCGUACCCACCUGCGACAGUUCUUUCGACCACCCCAAUGAUCGAGACCGCCAUGAGCGUCAGCAUGAGAUAGGCGAUCCGCCGUACUCAAAAUGUGCUAUCUGCCAUUUCUCGCGCCCGGCGGGUACUGUUGUCGAUGGGGGAUUGAGAGAGCACUUGAUUGGGCACAUGUAUCGCAGGCAUCCAGAAGAUAUGGAGUCUGCAAAGAGAACAUAUUGUGAUAAGGUGGCCGGGUAG